AAACAAUGAAAAUUUCAUUUUAAAUCAGUUCUUGUUUAUAUAUUACAGGUGUAUUGCAACAUGUGUGGCUGUAAAUACCAUCAUUGCUCUUCUACUUCAGGUAUAUCUUACUUAUAUCCUGUAUUUUCAGUUGGUGAUGUCGCAAUAUGACGUUUAUCUCGGGGUGCACAUGCUCAUCCUUUAUUUGAAAAGGCCAUAACUUAUGUAAAUUUCAUGCAAUACCCUCUGUAUUUUCAGUUGUACUCUUCCUACAAAUCCGCCUGCACAUGCAUGCAUGUAUAAAGCUAUCAUAUAACAAGAUAAUUAAUGAAGAACUAUGUUUUAUUGUCUAGGGCAAACAUGACUUAAGCAGCGAUGAUUCUGUGGAGGAAAUAUUAUUUGAAGCUGCAGAAAGGUCAAAAAGAUAUCUCAGUGAUGUUUUUCAAGUCAAUGAAUUAAAUAAAUACAUGGAAUGUAAGACGUUUGAAAGGUAUUACUAAAUAGAGAUUUGCGAUAAUACAGUAAUUUCUAUUAAGGUUGCAGAAAUUUGUCUUUACGAUAUCUAUACAAGCCCAAUUUAUAGCGUUUAUACGUAAUGUAGCCCUAUAAAAAAGAAAGUUUAUAUUUACAGGCUGCCAAAUCACGAGGGUGGGAUGAGCUUACCGGUGGAUAUUUAUACAACGCUUAUAUGGAUAUGUCGUUACAACGUAACAAAGCAAAAUUUUCAUAAUGCAAUAUAUCGUUAUAUAAUGCAAUAUAGAGUUUGUGUCAAUUUGGAGGAAGAAAUCAAUUUGUUCUGCACCAGCAAUCAAUAUGCAGUACCAUUGGAAUUGUAAAUUUAAAGGGAAAUAGCAAUAAAAAUUGCGUUUCUCCCAUUUGGAAGAAGAAUUCAAUAUACGAUUUUCGAUGUCGUAAUUGGUAUAAAAGAUAUUACCCUUCAUUAAACAAAAUCAUUAUGCAGUCCGCCAUCUUGGAUAUGCAUAUCCUUGUCGGAUGUGCGUGACGUCACAACCAGGGUAGCAUUAUUUUGUAUCGUGAGAAAUUCUCAUGCCAUUUUAAUGAUAAAUCCUAUUUUUUACUGUUGCCUGUUUUAAAAUUAAAGCAUAAGCUGUGUAUAAACUUUCCACUAAUAAUAUAUUUGUAUUUCUAAAAUUUCUACCCUGGUUGUGACGUCAUUUAAUUAAAUCUAAUCAUAAAAAAAGAUAGCGGAUGACAGGAUUUUUCGGUUUCAAAAAUCUCAAAAACUAAGAUAGUUUAUACAAUUUCUUUCAAAUUAGGCAAACAUAAUUUUUGUUGCCAUUUUCCUUUAAAGAUGGGUAAAUAGCCAAAAGUUAGGAGAAAACUUUUAAAUUGGUGUGUUGUGGCCAAGGUGCACAACAUUGUGUUUAAUGAUUCAUGAACAUUGUUCAAAUCAAUAUAAUGCUAAUUGGGCUAUAAAACCGUACGUGCAUGUGUAAUGUGCAACAUGCAUGUAAUCACACUAUCAGCAAGUAAGCCAUGUAGUCAUGCAAGUCCGCGGGUAUUCCCGCGCUUUGGUGAGUGAUUUGUAUAUUAUCUUAAAGUUUACAUUUACUGCACGUUAUUGUAUUCUGCAGGAAUUUUACAGACAGUCAAUCUCGUUUAAAACUGUGUGCAGUCAUGUGUAUAUCGUGUGAAUAAAAGUUUGUUCGAUCCCUGUACCGUACAUGGUAUGUACAGGAUAACCAAUUAAAGUUUGUUUGUAUUUAAUUGUAGUGUGCAAUGCAAUGAGACAAGCAAUAUGGUGUACACGUUUAAACCACUUGGCUCAGCUGUUGUUGGACUUAGGAAAUUCAACGAAAGCUUUCAGUACGUAUAUAAUUGCAAAUGAUCUACUCGAGUACUGUAAUAAUCCCGCGCAUAUAUGUUAGGAUUUCAAGAAUCUCAUAAAUAGUAGAGUGAUAUAAGUCAGAUUUUCAGUAUAUGCAACCAGGUCAAUAAACACUUAGUGGAUGAGGGCAUUUUAUACCUGUUUUUAGCUGUUCAUUUGGCAAUUUACAAUAGGCGCCAUCUUGUUUGAUUGCCUAUGAGCACGGUACAUUAUCAGUUCAGCCAUACAAAAAUCAAUCAACACUACUGGCCAGUGAGCUCCAUAUAUAUCGGGAAUGAGAACUCGAGUUCAAAACGUGAAGCCAAGGUGACGGAAAUUGAAGAGCUAUUGGACGUCAGUUCAGACUUUUUAUUGUUUUUGCCUGCGCGGAUGGACACGAAGCUGCAAGGAGUAUGCCGAAAUUUCGUAUUUUUACUUCGAUUUAAAGACUAAUAUUAAGAUUUUAUGAAAUGAUAACUUGUUUAGUGAUACGAUCCGUUAGAUAAAACUGGAACUAGCUGGGAAAACGACUUUCAUAGAUUUUGGACGUCAGUUUCCGCCAUCUUGGCUUUACUUUUCUCGUGCCGAGUGACUGACGUGGCAGAAGUCUGCCAGACGACCAAUAAAAUGGUGUAUGCCUAAGAACAGACUGAAUUUGUUUUACAGGUUGUGCAUGACUGAUGUAAUUUUUGAAGGAGGAAUGGCCAGCUGCAAUGCCAUAGUUAUGGGAGCAAUAUUAGGAUGUCACACUGGAUAUAAAAUGUUACCUAAGAAAUGGAUUGAUGGAUUGUCUCAAAUGCACAAAGAUUGGUUAAAUAGUAAACUGAACUGUUUACUAAACAUCAUGGGUCUACCGUGAAACUCAGGUACGUCAUGUGGCUUGGAGCUAUUUAGAUAUAAUUACUGUCAUUACAUAUUCAUGAAGUAAUCAACCAUGGCAAGUAAACAAGACGUGGAAAAUAUGCAGUCGAGAAAUAAGACCUUCCCAAGACUGCAGGAUCGGAACAUUUUGUAGGCAUCGAAAACUCAGACCAUAGGUCCGGUUAAAUAAUCGCAGCUUGUUCCACACUACUUGAGUAAAAUUAUAAUCCUCUCACUCAAGAUAUUGAGUAAAAUUACUCAAAAUUAUGAGCAACUUUACUCAUUUUUCAAGUAAAUCUUUACUUAAAAGAUUGGAUGAGUAAUUUUACUCAAAAUUUUGAGUCACAAUGUGGGUACAUGCAUUAUUUUACUCAGGUGUUUUAGUCAGUAUACCCAGGUAUUUUUUGCACUGCAAAUUUAAACUGGUUGUUCUAGUCCUAUUUGUUUUAAAAUCGAGUCCUAUCGACGAUCCUUCUUUUCCUGACUGAUAUAAAUGCUUUCAUGUUUCGCUGUAAAUCUUAAACCCUACAAUUUUCUGCACGCACUUUAAUACCAAACUGAAGAAGCACUGGGGUUUUACUGUUACCCGGUAAACCAGGGGCGGAUCUAGGAUUUUUCGCACGUUAGUCAAAAAUCUAUGACGUCAUCGAUGACGCAAAACGUGAUGACGGCAUUUGCCAUGACGUCAUUCGAUGUCACGAUGAUAAUCCAAUUUUCGCGGGAGUAUAGAAAUUUUAUUUUAUCAAACUUCAAAUGCGCAAAUGACAUAGUUUUCGUACCUGCCAAUGUUCAGCAUAUAGAUGAUAAAGUAUUAUAUAGACUGUUUUGCCCUACAGUGUAUACCUUGGUUCAUCAGCAUGCCUAGGAAACACAUUUACCAAGAAUAGUAAACCAUGAUCCAACAAGGACAGUUUCUUGAAAAAGCUGAACAGAAGCACAUCUUUCUGGCACCUUAAAACUAGAUUGCUUGCCUUCACACCUUUUGCAAGAGCAAAAUGAGUUUCAUUAGAACUUAGAAAUGGGUGACAAUGAAAACCACCUAAAAUGAGCAAUCUGGUUUUAAGGUGCCAUAAACCCACCUCACACAUUUCACCAUAGCAAAAGGAGUUUGGUUAAAAAUGGGUGACAACAUGUGAAAUUGCCCAGUUUUUCCCUUUAGCCCCUUCCCCAUUCUCCCUAUUACUAACCUAUGUCUAAUCUAAUAACAUCACAAGUGAAAUGGUGCUUCAAAGCUGCAGCUUCAUUGGAAGCCAACUUUUAUUGAAACAAGUUUAUUUUACCUGGCAUUUUAAUUAAACAUAUUUUAAUCACCAUGCCGAUUCAAAUACAAAAGAUUCAUUACAAAUGACUAUUACUUUACUUAUCUAGUUAUCUGAAAUAAUUGGCAAGGUUUUUAACACAGUAUUCUAUUAUUCUUACACUAUGCUUACAUACUGUAUAUAGACACAUACUAUCAACAUAGUGUUUGUCUGUCAGGGCCUGAAAUAACAUUCCCAAAAUUCCCGAUCAUCAUGGUGAUUGAUCAUGGUGAUCGGCAGUCAUGACUUUCUUUGCUUUUUCAGGUUGAAAACCCUGCUUUUCCGCUGAUCAUAAGCAAUUUCUUGCUGAUUAUUGAUUGGUAAUCAGUUGUUAUUUCAAGCCCUGGUCUGCUGAAAAAUUUAACUGGUUCAAGAUGCAAUAGACCCGUCUCAAGCCAAUGAGAUCAGACCGAUAUUUGGCAUCAGCUUUUGUCUACAAAGCCAGAAUGUUUGGGGAGGGGGGAGAUUAUGGGAAUUAAGGUGGUGAUCUUGAAAGGCUAAGUUUGGUUGAUGAUGAAAGAAGUUUUUUCUCAUGCCCCAGGAAGUUUUUUCUCAUGUCAGUGUUGUGUACAAGAGUGAGGUUAUUGUUUUUGGAGGCGAGAGUGGUCUUUUUACAAGCCGAUAUAUUUAACUUUAACCUCAUGUUCCAGAAAAUUUAUUAAUAAAGUUUCCUACAGUAUGUUAGGAAUAAUAUCCUGGUGAAUUUGCAUCAUGACCAAGCCAAGUCAUUUAAUUUAAUUAGUCUUCAACCAUAGUGUUUCUUUGCUUACACUGUAUAAAAAGUGACCUACUGUAUAGACCUUUCACACUUGCACUGUAAACACUUAAACUAUCAAAUUUAUAGGUCAUUGGUACCUGUCAAUGCUUAGGAAACAGAGCUAUACAGGCAAUUGCCAGUUGCAUUAGAUCUAAAAAUAUAACCAAAGAUUAUAUUAUUAUUAUCUUCAUAAAGUACAUUUGUAGAGCUAUUAUCAGUCAAUCAAUACUCUAUAAAGCAUGUACACAAUAAAUAUUUUUUAUCCAACAUGAUCAAAUAUUUGAGAUCAAGUUUCUGCCACUUGAGGUGUUUAAUUUUAUACACAUAUAAUUUAUACACAUAUAAAUGAAUAUGUAUGCAGUAUAUGAAACUUUGGACCUCUAACCUCGCAAAAUUAUGCAAAAUUAUGCAAAUCGUACGUUCAAUUCAACGAUUUAUUGUUCAAAAUUCAAACCACUUUACCUUAUUGCCAUACGUACACCUCUUAUUAAUCUCUUGAAAAUAUAGACGACGAGAAAUCAACAUAUCAUAGUUUCGGCCAAGACAAUUUUCUUGCAUCCAUCGAAUUUAUCAACUUGAAAUAUUCUCCACAGAACACCAGAAAGCAUCCGUUAUCGUAACAAAUAACGAUAUAACCCUUUCGAAAUCUUUAUUUCGAAAAUAGUUCUACAAAUAUACUAAGAUUAAGCGAAAUAAUUUGCUUGUAAAAUGUACAGAGCUGCAACAGAGCUACCAAGUGCACAAUGCUUCCAAAUUGAAGAUUAGAACUUAGAAGGCCAAUCAGAGGAGAUGUUCUUUAACUCUUUUGCGCAAAUUGUCCAAUCAGAAGCUGCUAUCUAUUUGCAGGAUUAGUCAAAAUAGUCAAAAUUGCGCAAUCGUUAGUCAAAAUAGGUCUGACCAAUCAACAUGCCUGUAAUGUGUAAUCUGAGCAAAUUUGACCAAUCAAAUCACAUGAACUAAAAUGCAGAAUAGUCAAUUUUCAUUUCAAUACCGCUUAUUUGACUUAUCGUUUGACUAAUCAAUCGCUGGCUCAAUGUGCAAAAACUGAUCGAAGUUUAUAUGCUGGAGUGUGAUAUAGUUUUCAUUGCAUGAUCAGAAAUGAAGUGAAGCGUUUGCGCUGGGAAAAAAUUCAAAAACCUUAGUGCAAAUUUUUUUUAUAUGCCUUUUUUUACGUUAGUCGCGUGACUAAUCUGACUACCCCUAGAUCCGCCCCUGCGGUAAACAUAUGAAAUGUUCCAAAUAAAGACACGAGGUAUAACGUUUUUUUAAAGCUUCAUAUCAGUAAUUUUGAUUAUAGUAGGUUGAUUAAGGAAUAAAGAGAUAUGGCAAUAAAAAAAUUAGUUCCUCAUUUGAAAGAACUUUUAAAAUGAAGUGGAAAUUUUUUUGAUAGAAAUCAUAAGUCAUGUAAUUAAUUGUACGGAUGUGCAUGCAUGUUACGUCACAAAUUGUUCUUUCAAAUGAGAUAAACAAACAAUACCCCUUUAAGAAGAGGAGGGUAUCUCAAAUGUAUACAUCCCCUAAACAGCAGUACUUUUGUUCUCACAGUUAUGUCCUAAAUCUUGUUCACGUUUCUGUACUGUAGCACUUGGAAUCGAUACUAAUGCUCCAAGAAUUUCAAAGCAUCCAGCAACAAUUAAGGGAAGUUUAAAUGUCCCAGUUGUAUCUCUCAACCAACCUGAAGGGGAAAACAUACAACCACAUUUAGAAACACGACUUUAAGCUGGACCCCAGUUACACGAUACCAGAUUCGCUUCAGUCACGACAUCGAAUUUAACGGUUUGAGGAAUAUCUUAACACUUAAAAUAGCGAUAAUAUGACAAACUAAAACGAAAACUGUUAAUGGGGGAUAUAUACAUUGUGGGAAGACAUUACUCCUGAACGGCACAUAUCCGGCGGGUCAUGUUAUAUGAGGCAAUUUAUACUGCAUUCAUCUCAAUAUCGGACAUAGGGUGAUGUUAGGUGAAAAUGUGUUAACAGACACCAUGAGUCAGCCCAUAUGAACUUGCAGUACUGCUUUUACUUUUCUCAUAUUUUCAUUCUUAUUCUACGGUAUGGCACAUGAGGAGGAAACGGUCGGCGGAGUGAAAUGCGGGAUAACAUGACUCUGUGCCAGAAGUUGCAACUGCGGUAAAGAAAAUGUAGAAAAUAUAUAAGCCCGCUGUAUAAAUUAGGCUGACUGCUUACUUGCUUCCUAUGGCAGAAACAAUUGAUCGAUUAUUAUUACCUGCUAUAGGUGGCCCAAGAGAUAGAAAUGAUCCUUGAAAGGCAAUCAGAAAUCCAAAGGCUUGUGCUAUAUUUUCUGCUCCAACACAAUCCAAUAUGGCGACACAUAAUAUGGCGUUAUAAGCACCAAAGAACAUUCCAGAGAAGAUUGAGUAUAUAAACAUAGUGAUGUAAGUUUUAUAUAAGUAACUCAACAAUGUAUUAAUACCAUGUAAGAAGAGACAUAUUAUUGUCAACCUAACGCGAUGUUUUACCAAGUCUCCAAUCUUCCCAGCAAGAAGUGCACUCGGGAUGCUAACAAUUCCAAUCGCGAAGUAGAACCAUUUUGAUUUGUUUUCAUGAAUGCCGUAAGAUUUAGCACGAUCUACCUAUAUAGGAAAAACAAGAUCUGUAAUAUAUACAGCAUGAGCCAUGUUGUAUAAUACAAACAGAAGCGGAUGACGAGUGGUUUUUGUAUCUUAUAUACAACAUGGACUCCAUGAUCUUAUAUUGAUAAAAUAUUUUAAAAUGUGAAUGAUAUUGCUGAAGAAAGUUUAUUAUUAAUAAUUAUUUAUGGCCUGAAUUUAUGCUUAUAUAAGAACUAGAAUAUAUUAGAAUGAAUACGUCAUAGUAGAAAACACGUUUAUUGGUCGACUACCACGACCACCAAAUAACACCAUUCAGCCAAUACCGUAG